AUGAGGUAUGGUUUUGAGAAUAUGGUUUAUUUUGCUCUGACAGCUAGUAGUGGAGAUCCAUCAUCUGUUCAGGAUGCCUCUGCAUGUAAUGGAUAUCAAGAUGACAGCAAUUUUAUAGCCGCGGCAAGUGAUAAAAUAUGGGAGAAUAGGAGAGCAUGUGAGAAAUAUUACACGGUAAAGUGUAUUGGUGCCACAAACAAAGAAGCAAACCCUUGUAAGAAAGAUUUGAUUUUGGUUCGAAUCGUUGAUUAUUGUCAUGGACCAAGAUGUGGAACCAUCACUCUUUCUGAAGAUGCUUUCUCUGAUAUUGCUGAUCUCAAAGCUGAAAGAGUUAGGGAUGAAUAUAAAAUGUUGGGAGCUUGA